AUGUUAUAUUUGCGCACAACCAAAACCUCAUCAGCCCAAGCGUACAUAUUCCUCAAAUACCAGCCUCCAGCCAAUCUCAUACCUAGCCACGAAUAUAAACAUCAACUCGGCCAUACCACGUCUAAGUCUGACCCGAAGAUGACGAGAUCACAAAUCGCCGCAAAUUGCUUUGUCCGGACUGCGGAUAAUAUGUCUAACCACGAUCUUGGGUUUGAAGGCGCACUAAAACUUACCCACGUGCACAAUGGCCAGCCUCACGAAGAAUAUGCCCAAAAGCACUACGUGGUUGACAUAGAAACGCCUUCAACAAUACGUUCUACUUACGUUGGGGCUCGCCGCGGUCGGGACAAGGUCACCAUCAAGCUGAUUUCUCCAUGUCUCGAGGAGUUUGGCCAUAACUUAGCCGCGGGCGAGACCUAUAUUAUCAAAGGCAACGUUGAUGAAGACCACUAUUGUGGCUUAACAUGGCAGAUAAAUCCGUUGCUAGCUUGUGUGCGUUUCCCGGUAAUCUGCAACUACCCUGUGAACAGGAUGAUUGUCUAUGGCCGCGGACGAGUCAAGGAAGUAAUAGAGUUGUGCGACGAGGCGAAGGCUACAAUCGUUCAACACAAGGUUGUGGUUAAUAUCUCAUACGAGAACUCACCCGUAGGUCUCAACGUCAGGGUAGUAAUGCACUACUCGGAUGCUCCACCAGACUUGGGGGGCGGAUUCAUGCCUGGCGUCGAACUAAUUUUUCGGGGUUACCUGACACGGCUUCAAACUGACGACGAGAUGAUGAGAGUCGGGAUCCUAAGCCACGACGAGGUCAGAAGAGGAUCAGCCUGA